CCUUGUUUGAAAAUAUUUUCUCCCAUUGUGAAUAUUGCUUCUUACUUGAUGGUAUUGUUUGCAGCAGAGAAGUUUUAAAUUUUGUUGUAGCCCAACUUACCUAUUUCUGUAGUAUUUUAAUGGAAUUGAUUUAAUUUGUUUCCAAGUCCUGUUCUGGUCCAUUGAGAUCUCAUUCCUAGAUAAAGAAAGGAAGGUUUUUCAGUUUUUAUGUGUCUAUAGUUCAGUUAUAGGCUUCUUAGGAUGUUCUUUUAUAUAUUUGGCCAGAGUUUCUGCCCUAGAGAAUUCUUCCUAAUAAAUGGGGUAUGGUUUUGAAGUUUUAUAAGGAAAAUAACUUUGUGAGAGCAUUUCUUUGCUGCUCCGUUGCCUAAACCAAUGGUUAUCAACUGGGAUGAUUUUGUCUCACAGGAGAACAUUUGGCAACGUCUAGAGACAUGUUUGAUUGUCAUGACCAGGCAGGAGGGGCUACCGGAAUCUAGGGGAUCAAAGCAGCUACGGUGCACAGGAUAGCUUCCAGGAACAAAGAAUUCUCUGGCCCAAAAUGUCAAUAGAGCCAAAAUUGAGAAACUCUGGCUUAAACAGGGAGAUCCUAAAACCCGAGAUCUUGAAUGAUUUUUCAUUUCAUGUCUUGAUAAUCAAAUAAAGGCCACUAAUCAAAUAAAGAAGGAUCUAUGGGGGCAUCUGGCUGGUUCAGUCGGUAGAGCAUGUGACUCUAGAUCUCAGUAUUGUGAGUUCAAGCUGAGCCUCCUUUUAAGAAAAAAUUUAAAAAGGAGUAACCCUGUGGGCAGAAUGGUGACAGAACUUGUAAAUUAAAUCAGGGAGCAUUUUCUGAAUUUUCAGUGCUGCCAAUUUAAAUGUAAAUUAAUUUAUGAGAACGGAAACGAUUUGGAGGAGAAAUACCCAUGGAGCAAAAGUAGAUUAUUUCCUACAUCUUCGGGCCACCAUGAGACACACACAUACUCCUGGCAAAUAAACCAAGUUGCUUGAUUUAAAUGCUGGUCUAUGAGGAAAACUCAGUAAAAGCGGUACACUCUGGUGAUCAGCAAUCAUCAGACUGCUCCUGUGACUAACUUUAUCUCCCAGCAAGACUUUUCUUAAGCAGUGCAGCUUGCUUAAGAGUUUGGACUCUGGGUCUAGAUUGCCUGGAUUUAAAUGUCAGCUCCACCAUUUACUUGCUUGGCCUCAGACAAGUGACUUAACUCUUUUCUGAAUCAGUUUUUUCAAAUGUGAAAUGAGGCCUCAGCGGCGUCUGUUUUGUAGGAUUGCUGUGGGAAUGAAAUGAAGGUAGAAUUUGUUUGGAGCACAGUGCCCGGCAUGUGGUGUCCUGUGAGUGUUGGCUGUUAAUACUGUUGUAUGUCUUUCAGCUCAUUGCUAUGGACAGUGCUAUCACCCUGUGGCAGUUCCUCCUUCAGCUCCUACAGGAGCCUCAGAACAAGCACAUGAUCAGCUGGACCUCUAAUGAUGGGGAGUUCAAGCUUUUGCAGGCAGAAGAGGUGGCUCGGCUCUGGGGGAUUCGUAAAAACAAGCCUAAUAUGAAUUACGACAAACUCAGCCGCGCCCUCAGAUACUAUUACGUGAAGAAUAUCAUUAAAAAGGUGAAUGGUCAGAAGUUUGUGUACAAGUUUGUGUCUUAUCCAGAGAUUCUGAAAAUGGACCCACUGACCGUGGGCAGGACUGAGGGAGACUGUGAAGCCGUGGGCUGCGGGGAAGGGGGCAGCAGCUCCAGGGACCCCGAGAACGGGGGCAGAGAGAGGCCCCCGCAGCCCGGGGCCCGGGCCUCCAGCCGCAAUGACUACAUACACUCCGGCUUGUAUUCUUCCUUCACUCUCAACUCUUUGAACUCCUCCAAUAAGAAGCUCUUCAAACCUAUAAAGAUCGAGAGUCCAGCUGAGAAGCUGGCGGAGAAGAAGCUGCCUCAGGAGCCAACACCAUCUGUCAUCAGAUUCGUCACAACACCUUCCAAAAAGCUGCCCGUCGAACCUGUUGCCGCCGCCCUGUCGGCCGGCCCAAGCAUUUCUCCGUCUUCAGAUGAAACUCUGCAAGCGCUGGAGACUUUGGCCUCCCCCAGACUGCCUUCCCUGGAAGCCCCGGCCUCUGCGGCCAGCGUCGCCCCCGUGUUUGCUGCGCCCCCCAUCCCGUCCACCUCCCCUUCUGGGCAGGAGCCCCCCACCCCCAGGACACCUUCGCCGCCGCUGAGUCCUAACCCUGACCUCGACACCGACAUCGAGUCAGUGGCCUCGCAGCCCAUGGAACUUCCAGAGAACUUGUCACUGGAGCCGAAAGACCAGGAUUCAGCUUUGCUGGAAAAGGACAAAACAAGUAAUUCCUCAAGAUCCAAGAAACCCAAAGGAUUAGAGCUGGCACCCAUCCUCGUGAUCACGGGCAGUGACCCGAGCCCACUGGGAAUCCUGAGCCCGUCUCUCCCCACGGCUUCUCUUACGCCAGCCCUGUUCUCACAGACGCCCAUCUUACUGACGCCGAGCCCCUUGCUCUCCAGCAUCCACUUCUGGAGUACUCUGAGCCCGGUCGCUCCCCUGAGUCCAGCCAGACUGCAAGGUGCUAACACACUCUUCCAGUUUCCUUCUGUACUGAAUAGUCAUGGACCGUUCACUGUGUCUGGCCUGGAUGGACCACCCACCCCUGGCCCAUUUUCCCCAGAUCUACAGAAAACAUAACCUAUGCACUUGUGGAAUGAGAGAACCAAGGAAUAAAGAAACAGAGAGACAUUCAACAUGAUUACAUUUGAAGUGAGCGGUUAAUAGUUUUACAAUGCUAAUAAUAGACUAUUGUGAUUUUUGCCAUUCCCCAUUGAGAUGCCUUUUUAAGAUUCCCUUUGAAUAUGACUGAAGUUGGACUGUAUAUAAAAAUGCCUUAAUUGGAGUUCAAACUCCACCUGCCUCUUCCUUCCUUCACUCCUUCCUUCACUCCUACCUUCCUUCCUUUCUUUCUAAAUAUUUUGAGCUUUGUGUUAAAGAAAUUUUUGGUGGGGUUUAGCAGCUAGCUAUGCUUUGCAAGAGUAGUUAAGAACAAAGUUACUCCUUCUGCCUUAUUGGGACCCUUUGGCCAGGAAAACAAUUAAUGCUUUGAGUGUCUUAUUUGGAGAGAUGUGAAAUGCAGUUGGCCGUAUCUUCAGGACUAAGUGUGUUCUGUGGAAUAACUAAAAGUGAGCUGUAUACAAGCAGUGAAGGAAAAGGAAUCGUUCCUGUUCACACAAAGUAAGAUUGGAGGAAUAUUAUUGGAGAGAUUCUAUUUUGCUGUGAAGGGUAGCAUACUAAGCAACUCCACAGAAAGACUCUUACUUACCUUUAUCACGGUGGGUUUUGUAGCCAUAGGUGUGAUUUCGUCUGAACCUGUGAACAGAGCGUGGAGCCUAGUCUGUUUCAACGUAGGAAGAUGUUUUAAACCUGGGGUUUAAGACAGUGUUUGCAACAACCAGUGAGAUUAGGGGACCCCAUCUCUAGCACAGAAGUGCCGCCGACUCUCUGGGUGGUAUGAUUACACCCCCGUGGUACACAGCCUGGUAAGUGAUGGCUUUUAGGAUGAAGCUGGGUUUUGAAAUCUGGAGGUGUCUCUGAGUCAACAUGCAGCUGAAUGACUUGAAACAACAUGUGGGGCUGUCCCAGUUAGACUUUUUCUUUUCUGUUCAUUUUACCGUUUUCCACUGCAUUUUUACCUUCUUUUAAAUUUAAGGUUGUUAGGGGUUGUGAUAGUUUUAAAGAUGUUAUUAGGAAGAUGAAAAGCAAAGCAAACCCUCCAAAUCUGUGGUCAGGUAGAGAUGUGCUUAUUCCUUUGACAAAAGUUUUUUUUCAGAGAGCAGCAGAAUUUGUUUGGAAAUGCUCACACGCAGGGAUUGGAUUGUUCACAUCAGUAGUGAGAAACAUAGGCCUUCAUCUCUGCGUUACCACAUUUAUAAAGUAUUAGCGUAUGGUAAUCAGUGCCAGGUGUGGGUGGAGUUGUGAAGCCUCCAGACUGAAUUGAUACCAACAUCACAGUGGAAUCUUCUGAAAACUUGGCUUUUAAAGUCUAGAAUUUAUUAUAUGCCCCACCACCACCACACUGCCCAUUAACCUCAUCUUUUAACUCUAGAAACAGUUCUUGUAACUGAAUCCCAUCCACUAAAUGGAAUGAGGGAGUAAGGAUUUGUGGGCUCAGAUUGACGCUGAGACAAACCAGCAUCUCCCAGACGUGUAAUGCUCACUCUAGAUACGUUUCUGUGCAGUGUAGAGAAGCUGUAACAUGAGGCGUCCACGCUAGGCUCGUGGCGGCGGAGGGCGGUAUUCAGGAAGCUGUCUUUGUAUUUGUGGUGUUGGAGCCCUGUCAGCGGUUCAUUCGUGGUCACCAGCUGGAAGACCUGUUCUUGAGGGGGGCCGUAGCAGUGUCGCAAGUCCGUGUUCCGAGCGAUGGGGAGCAGACGAUGGCACUUGGCUCCCACAUGGAGUCGUUUACUCUGCAUGCUUCUUCAAAAUCGGACCUCUCAGCAGCACUUGGGAAUAGUUUUAUUAGGUUAAUGAAUAUUUUGUACUUUCAGUGUAAGUAUUGAUGGCUUGGUUUAACUAGAUAUUUUAAAUUUUGAAAGCACAAAAGUAUUUUAUCUUUUUAAAGUAAAGGAGAAAAGCCAUUGGUCAUUUUCAUAGACAGUAUCUUUGAAGAUUAACUGUCGCAGCACAGGGGUGCCUGGGAACCAAGGGCGCCAUUAAAACUCAGUCACAGCAGCUUCCUAGGAGUGAGUUUUAGUGAGUCCUCUGUCUGUAAACCAGCCCCGGAAGCCUCCAAGAGCGCGGGCCUCAGGAGACUGAUGAUCUGCUUUCUCUUUGAGAGCAACUGACGUGGAGAAGUGUGUGUGUGUGUGUGUGUGUGUGUGUGUGUUUCCUUU